CUUCCCUUUCUCACUUCUCCCACAUUUUUCAUUCACUUAUUCUCUCAAAAUCUAGAACCCCAUAUUUCUCCUCUUCCUCCUCUUAUUCUUCGGCAUAUUUUACCUCAACGCAAUGACGAACCAAAAAAUGGUCAUUCCCGACGCGAAAUCGGGCAUCCCGAUGGCCUUCCCCAUCGCAAUGCCCGAUUCGGCCCUUUUCCCGCUCAAUGGAAACCUCUUCCCAGUGAAAAAACUGCUCAAGAAGCUCGCACCCAAUGCGAACGGAGCCAGGAUCAAUGCCUUGCUCGACUCCAUGAGGGCCUCCUCUCCCACACGGAGGCCCUCGGAUGGCGAGGACCACGGCUCUUGGAACCUCCACCACCCGUCAGCUCUUACCAUGUUCGAGGAGUUCACGGCUGCCGCCAAAGGCAAACAGAUUGUCGUGUUCUUGGACUACGACGGCACUCUCUCCCCCAUCGUCGAGGACCCUGACCGCGCCUUCAUCACUAGCGAGAUGAGAGAAGCUGUGAGAGACGUCGCGAAAUUGUUCCCAUCCGCCAUUGUUAGUGGGAGAUGCAGAGCUAAGGUGUACGAUUUCGUAAAAUUGUCGGAGCUUUACUACGCCGGUAGCCAUGGAAUGGACAUUAAAGGGCCAUCAAAAAGGCAUAUAUCACAGAGAAAAGGAAAUCAAACUGUCCUCUGCCAGCCUGCAAGGGCAUUUCUGCCUAUAAUUGAUGAGGUAUACAGAGCUUUGAUAGAGCAAGUGAUGCACAUUCCCGGAGCUAAAGUGGAGAACAACAGAUUCUGUCUCUCCGUUCACUACCGUUGCGUGGAGGAAAAGAAAUGGGUCGAGUUGGCCGAUCAAGUUAAGUUGGUGAUCAAGGACUACUCGCAGCUCAGGCUGAAUCACGGUAGAAAAGUAUUUGAGAUUCGGCCAACUAUCAAGUGGGACAAGGGGAAUGCGGUUGAGUUCUUGUUGGAAUCGUUGGGAUACGAUGAGUCGAGUGAUGUGUUGCCUAUCUACAUAGGCGACGAUAGAACUGAUGAAGAUGCAUUUAGAGUUUUGCGAGAAAGGGAUCAAGGACUAGGAAUCCUAGUUUCGAAGGCUCCAAAGGAAACAAAUGCCUCCUACACUUUGCAAGAACCAACCGAGGUCAUGCACUUCCUAAGACGCUUGGUGGAGUGGAAGAAGUUGUCCUUGCUAAGACACUAGUAAGAGUUCUUGUUAGAGAGAGAGAGAGAUUUGUAGAGAGAUAUAACCUUGUCCUAAUUGAUUUAAUUAUGAGGGAUAGGGGUGAAUUUCCGUAAUUGCUCUUUUUCUUUUUUUUCUUUUUAUUUUUGUAAUAUUUCAAUUGUAAUUUGAUCCCAAAGGGGUUGAUGUUUAUUGGAUGAGAUUCAGUAUCUUGAUGUCGGUACCAAA